UAAAAAGUGUCUCCCCAGCCCCCCCUGUCCAGCCUCUCACAGGAGUCUCAGGGCCUUGGGAAGUGCAUUUGGGCUGGGCUGCUAGCGACUCCUACCCAGCUGGUGGGUCUGAGCCAGGACAGUGAAAAUGUUCAUUGACAUCCACCGCUUCCCAACAAAUACAUUUACAAUAGAACCAAAAUAAACAGGCUGACUCUUUAGAAGGUGGGAAGUUAGGAGCUGAAGUUUUAUAUAGGUGGAGAGAGAAAGAAGUGGAGAUAUAUUUGAUUUUUUUUUUGUAAGUAAAGGGAGAGAUUUGUUUGUUUGGGGGUUGUCUGGGUGGGUGUUCUGUUGUCUUAGGUGGUUUGUAUUUUUUUUUUUUGUGGUUUCCUUUUAAAAAAAAAUCUGAAUUAAAAAGGGUAAAAACUGAACUCGUGGGAGGACUGAGCACAGCACAGCAGCCGGAGACGCAGAUGGAUUCAGCAGCCAACAGCUGUAUGAGGGGCCCCCAUUCUCCAGCCCCACUGUGGGGCUGCCUGCGGAGCCCCCAUUCCGAGGUCAGCGGGCCCAUGGCACUGCCCCACUACCCUCCUGCUCCAUUCUCCUUCCACCAGAAACCAGACUUCCCAACGUAUCCUGACUUCUCUGCCUCUUGCUUGGCCGCUGCACCCCACAGCCUGCCCCGGGAGGAGAGGCUCCUGGCUGACCAGCACCCUGCCUUUCCACAGCCCCCUGACUGGCACUUCCCGGGCUCUGAGGCACGGAGGAGGCUCACCCCAGGCCCAACCUUGAGUUCUGGGGAGGUGGGUGAGAGCAGCCCUGGCCUCAUGGAUGCUCAUGUAGGGAGCCUGGAGGAGGACUAUGGGGUCCCUGGGACCACUGCCAGUGAAACUGAGAAAAAAUCCGCAAAAAGGAAAAAGGAGACCUCAGAAAACCAGGAUUGCAGAGGAAAGCCAGAAACCAGCAGCAAAGCUCGCAAGGAAAGAACCGCAUUCACCAAGGAACAGCUGAGGGAACUAGAGGCAGAAUUUGCCCAUCACAACUACCUGACAAGACUCAGGAGAUAUGAGAUUGCUGUGAACCUGGACCUCACUGAGCGCCAGGUCAAAGUGUGGUUCCAAAAUCGAAGGAUGAAAUGGAAGCGGGUGAAAGGUGGGCAACCUGUUUCCCCCCAGGAGCAAGAUACUGAAGAUGUAGACUCUGCAGCUUCCUUAAGUUCAGAGUGAGAUCCCCCAUGAAGAGAGUAAUGGGACUGAGAGCUGUGAUCCCAAACAACUCUUCCCUCUACCUGCCCCAUUCUACAGACUACACCUCUGAAACUCUAAGGGACAUCCCCAAAACUCUUCUCCUCUCUGUGCCUCUUGGAAGUCAGCUCCUCUGGAACCUUGAAGCUCCAGAGGGGAGAAAAUGUUCUGUUUGAUCUAACUCACUGAUGCUGUCUACUUCAAAAAAAUGACUCAAUACCUCUCCCACGUCCCAUCCCUAUCCAACCAGAAAGCCAUUGGGUGCCUACAUCAGGAAGCAGUUGCAAAAACUGGAGACUCUAAGACAAGAAAAAGGCUUCCCUUUUUCAGCCAAGGUGGCUCUUCUGGGGCCUUUCUGGACCCCUGACUGAUCCCCUACCCCAAUCCCCAGCAUCUCCUAUUUCCUUUCCCAGUCCCAUCAUGGAGCCAGUACUCAAAUGGGUACUCCUAACUUCAUAUGAGAAAUGUUUUCUCUAUCCAGUGGCACAUACAAUGGACCCAGUGACAACCUUUCAGAAUGAGAACAAACACAGGAAAAAGACAUCUCUUUCCUAGCCCUCAUCCCAACCAGUCUGACCUGCAAGUUCAAGACUUUGGAUCUCUCCUCCCAGAUAUUCGAUAUUUAAUAUUUUUGAUAUUUGAAAUCUUCCAGAAAACAAAUGUAAGAGAGUUUGCCAUGGGUAGAAAGCUCUUGGAGAGUCUACUUUGCUAUGACUCUUCCCUUCCCCUUUGAUCUAACAAAAUUUGCUUUACAAGGAUCUGGCCAUGAAGCUAAGCAACCCAUUUCCUAGUUGGAAUAUUACCAGAUAGCCAAAGCCUUAACCUCAGAAUGAGUGGGAGGUUGAAGGCAGCAUAUUGGGAAUUAUAGAGUUGGGUCACACGAAACUUGUGAACAAGCCUGUUCACAUCUAUUUUAACUGCCACUAAUUCUGUUGAAGGAAAAGAGAAGAGACAUACUCCUUCUUACAACUAAAUAUCUCUACAAGACUGAUGACCUCCUCCAUAUCUUAUUCAGUGUAACACUGAGCCCACACUUAAUGUGGUACAAUGACAGAAAAAACACUGCCUUUAGUGAUAGAGACCAAAGUUCAAAUCUCAGCUCUAACACUUAUCACUUGUACUGUCAUUUCAUAUCUAUGCAUGGACCUCAGUUUCUCUAUCUAUGUAAUCAAGGAAUUGAACUACUCUGAGAUCCAUUUGAUGUAUAGAUCUGUGAUUAACGACAAAUAUCUGAAAAUGAUAAUGGUCUGGGAGCUGGGAUUUAAGUAUUAUAAAUGAGGUCCCCAAUACAAAGAAAGUCAAUAGUAAGGCUGGAUGGCCUAUGAAAAAGGAAAGGUAUCUGAUGUCAGUGUUCCAUGUCAUAACAGAACUUCAGCACUAAGUAUUUCAAAUGAAAUAUCCACUUUUUGUACCAACAGAUCCAUCUGUACUCUUUUCAACUCAAUGCAACAAACUUAUUUCAUAUUUACUGUAUGCUGAGCUCUAUGUUUCUAUACCUUGUCCAUAGUUGGGUUAUAGUUCUCAUAAUUUGUACUUCCCUAUGGUGGGGUAAUAAUGCUGAUAGUCAGGGAUGUGCCUAUGGGAGCACAUCUAAUCCUGUUGCUGGGUGAUAAGGUGGAUCAAGUGCUAAGCAUUUCCCGAGUUCAAACACAGUCUCGGAUGCUUCCUAGAUGUGUCACCCUGGUCAAGUCAUUCAAUCCUGUUUGCUUCCAUUUCCUCUUCUGUAACAUGAACUGGAGCAGGAAAUAGUGAAGCACUUUAGUAUCUUUGUCAAGAAAACAUCAAAUGAGGUCAAUUAAGAAUUGAAUACAACUGAAAACAACAGAAUGACUGAAAUCCUGAUGCUCUGGUAGAUGGUAACAUAUCUUCCUGGGAAAGAGAACACCUCCCCCCAUUCGGCAAAGAAGACUCCACUCAACUUUAUUUCUCAGUCCCCCUGAGUCAACCCAGUGCAGAGGGUAAGGCAGCCAGGGAUUGCGUCUUUGAUCUUUCAUACAUGGUUUUAAAUGGUCAUGAAAACCAUGGAAAUUGAUCUUCAACCAAGAUGACUGAUUUUAGCAUCUGUAAUUUUUUGUAAAGUAAACUGUAUAUUUUUCAUCAAUCUAACAUCAUUAUUCUUUAUAACAAAAAUCCUGAAGAAAAAAAUCAAUAAAAAAUACAAAAUA